UUUAAACAGAAAGAAAAUGCCUAAGAAAGAAGGAGGCCAGAUCACCUCGAAAGACAUUCAGGGGAUGAUCUCCAAGUGGGCGUCCAUCCCAUUCGGAAUUGUCGUGGUCCUUGUUGCAGGAGGAGCGCUCAACCUUGUCCCAUACUUCCUCGAUCUCAAGGACAAGCUAGGAUUCGAGCCCAUCCACCAGGAGUUCAUCAGGUGGGGAGUCCUCUUCGGCUACUUCGGAGGUUUGUUGGCCGGACCAAUCGUCGACAUCAUCGGAACUACAAUCUCAUUCUUGAUUGCUGCCGUUAUUGCAGGAGCUGGAUUUGUAGGCCUUGCUUUUUACACUGACGCCUCCAGCGUUAAUACUUUUAAUUCCAUUGUGAUCGUCUCUUUGGUUUUACUAGUAUCAUUCGCUUGUGCUAUUGCUACUAUAGCUUCAAUUGCUACAGUCAUCAAGAACUUUUCAAGAAACGUUGGAGCUUUGAUUGCCGCCGUUAUGAUCUCAUAUUAUUAUGCUGCUCAAUACUUUGACACCAGCAUCAGGAAUGGAUACUUCGAAGACUUGGAUCUGAAAGUGAACAUGCUUGUUUCAGGGGGGAUCCAUUUCCUAGUCUAUGUGUUAGCUUCAUUUAUUGUUGAUGAGAAUGAACAAUCCAGAGAGCUCAAGAGAGCUUCCUCAGUCACUGAUAGACUUGGAAUUUUCAUCUAUGCUGCUAUUGCCGGGUGUUUCCUUGCUGUUGUUUAUUUCACUUGCAUCAUUGCUGAACAAUAUCAACUCUCUAUUGUUCUCAUUAGCGUGAUUAUCCUUGCAAACUUCGUAGCUCUUGCUUUUACAGUCCAAGCUAUGAUUGGUCAAAUCGAAAAUAAUGAUCUUUCCGACAUUAGAGAUGAGCCAAUUCCUCCAAAGAAAAACUUCGCUCAGAUGCUAGCUGAAGGAAGAUAUUGGUUCUUGCUUAUUGGAACUUUCAUUGUCAUUGGUACGGGAUCAACUUACUUUAUUAAUGCUUCAGAUGUUGCUACAGCCAUUGGAAAUGAAGAUCUUGCAGAUAAGGUCGACUACGCUUAUUGGAUUAGCGCAGUUACAGCUAUUCUUGGAGGUGGUAUGGUUGCCGCUCUAUUUAAUCAACUAAUUAAUGCUUGGCUCUUUGCUGCUAUUGCUGCCUUUGCUUCCAUGGCUGGAUUUGCCUUAGUAUUUUUGUCACAGACAAAUGAUUUCUUCUACUACCUCUCUGCCUUCUUUAUUGGAGCUGGAACUGGAGGAUGGUGGGUCGUCGUUCCUCAGAUCAUUCUUGAUGAUGCUGGACCGAAAUCAUUUGAAAGUUUGUGGGGAAUGACUCUUAGUCUCAAUUCCUUUGGUAUGUUUGUAUUUGACAGAUUCUUUUGGUGGGUGAGUCAAAAGACUGAGCCAACAAAGCCAGGAAACUGCGAUGGAACUUCAUGCUAUCUGAUUACGUUCGUAGCAUUCGGAGCCUUAUGCAUGAUAGCGGGUAUUUUAUGUCUUGUUGGAUUAAGCCAAGAUGAAGGAACUGGUGGAGAUAAUGAUGAAAAAAGGCCUCUCAGAGGCUCAGAUGCUAAUUCAUCAGGAAGGAGAUCUAAAUCAGGAAAGAAAGGCAAGGGAGACAAGAAGUCUAAGAAAUCUUCAUCCAAGAAAAAGUCAAAAUCAAAAACCAAGAAAUAAAUAAGAUCUAACAUCUUGAAGUCAAUGAAAUGCAAUUAUCAAUAGUUUAAAAGCAACUAAUAUAGAGUGCCAGGGGUUCUAGAAGGGUUCCAAAGAAGAAAUCAUUUUUAGAGUGAGCCCGAAAAUUAACCGAUCUGAGCUGUUCUAAUGUUGCUUCUAUGGGCUCGUUGAACUCGAUUUAAGGGAGCCAAACUAUUUUUUGGGAAAAUCAUCAGGAGUAAAUUAAAAAUAUCCUCCUCAAACCAUAGUGGAUAAAUCAAGAUUUACAGGAUCUUCAAAUGGCCAGGAGAGGUUUUUACACGGUGAAGAAUAGACUCUAGCAUCUCCAUAAAAAGUUCUAGUCCACCUUACUCUUAUGUUUGAGUUGGACAUGAGUGGGUCUCUCGAAUAUGUGAUCCAUCCACCUAAAACUACAAAGGGUAAUUUAUUUCAUUCCCACUCAAAUCCUGAAUAUAGGAUAUACUUGGUAGAUACAUAAAUACCAAAAGCCCAAUUUAUAAAAUUCUAUAUUUGGUUG